AGAACGAGAUCGAAACAACACAGAAAAAAAAGUAUCACCAAUUUUUCAAAUUAGCAUACACUUUAGAUUCAUAGACGGCAUCCUCAUAUUCGAUCAACCAUGUCUGAAGUGAAACCAUUGAGUGCAGAAGAGAAGAAGAGACUUCUUCGUGAAAGAAGAGCCGCUAAGAUGGCUGGUGGAAAUGCCACUGGUAGACUUAAUAAUAUCUUAAAUCAAGGUUCUUCUGUUCAAACUGAGGCAACUUCUGUGUUGGAUAAAGAAAAUGAUACCACAUCAUCAACAAUUUCUACAGGAGUUGAAACAAGUUCUACUCCUAGAUCUACAUCCAUCCCAAUUCAUCAUGAUGAUGAUCCUGAAAUUCAAGAUAUUACAAGUUUCAGUCCAACUCCUGAACCUGAAAAAGUAUUAGCUUCAAGUGAAGAUAUUGAUGCUAUGUUCAAUAAGAUCUUUUCAGGAGCUCAAAUUCCAACGGGACCAGAUGGUCCAGGAGGUGAAGAUCCUUUUGCUCAAAUGUUAAAAAUGUUAGGACAACCAAAUGGAGCUGGUGCUGGUGCUGGUUUAGGUGGUAUGCCAGAAGAUUUAUUUAAUUCUCAAGGUAAUCCAUUUGAAUUAAAUGAAGAAGAAAAUCAAUAUCAAAGAGAAUUGGCUGCUUAUAAUCUUUAUAAUCAUAAAAAAUGGAAAUUCAGAUUCUUAAUCAUUAGAUUUUUCUUAAUCUUUUCUAAUUUCUUUUAUCAUUAUAUUACCAUUCCAACAUUUAAAGCUUCAUCUUACUCAUUCAUUAGAGGUAUUGCUAAUACCGAUUCAUCCAUCACCACUACAAGUUUCAUCACUUAUUUCACCACUAUAGAAUUAAUCACAAUUGUAUCUUAUUAUUUAACCAGUGUCAAAUAUGAUUUAUUUAAAACUACUACUGAAAAUAAUAUCUUUGUUAAGAUAAUAUCAUUUGGAUCAAUGGUUUUACCUCAAUUAGAACAAUAUCGUCCAUUAUUAGUUCGUUUAUUAGCUUAUUAUGAAUUAUUAGAGGUGAUUCUUACAGAUUUGUCCUUAGUGAUUGUCUUAUUUGGAUUAUUAAGUUUCCUAUAAAUAAUUAUGUAAAAAAGAAAGAAAGAAAUAAUAAUAAU